GAAAAGGACAAAAAACCCAUCUUUCUGUACCCAAUUGUUACACAGGUUGAUCUAAAUCUCUUGGUUUUGGUGUUGCAUUCGCUCAAGAAAUGAUAAUGAAAUCAUAUUGAGUCUUUCAUCCGGGACAAGGAAGAAAAAUAAAACUUCCUAGCUCGUUUGAUCAGAAUCCUUCCUGCAGGCAUCAAGAAAAUUUUCCCUAAAACAUUCCCAAUUUUCUGGUGCAUAUAUGUUCUUCUUUUUUGCUUGCAGGGUCUAUCGAAAAAUCGUUUUUUGGGCAAUGCAGCCAUAUACAUAAACAGAUUGAUAAAGCAUUUAGACGAUUGGAAUUAAAAUUCCAUCAGGGCUACCACCAUUUUCAAAUAAUGAUUAUCGGAUAGGAACCAUCCAAGGUGGAUUGGUCAUUUUCAUGGCUAAUUUGAGGUUUUGAUGAAUAUGGAAGCUUCAUCCACCUGGAAUCCUGAACAGAUUGAGCAGAGAAAACUAGAGGAAUCCGUGGGACAAAACACAACAGAAAAUUUUGUGACUUGCAUCCACAGGGCCAAACUUGCAGGUAAUUUCCGUGAUAUUAUGGUAACUUGGUCAAAGACAUUAAUUGGUCACUCCCUAAUCAUCAUGGUAGAAGAGAAUCCUUGUGAAGGAACUCAAUCUACAUGCAAGAUAGAUCUCAAAACCUGGCAGUUUUGGGGGAAAAAGGGUCUGAAAUCAUUCAAAGUCGACGAGAAACGGGUGGAUGUGUAUUGGGAUUUAAGAUCAGCAAAAUUCUCCACCUGCAGCCCUGAACCAAGUUCUGGUUAUUAUGUUGCUUUGGUUUCUGAUAAAGAGCUAAUUUUAUUCCUUGGGGAUCAGAAAAAAGAAGCAUAUUCAAGAACCAAGUGCAGACCCUCAUCAAUGGAUGCUGCAUUAGUCCACAAGAAGGAAAAUGUGUUUGCUAAGAAGUGUUUCUGUACAAGAACUAUGUUAGGAGAAGGCAAAAGGGAACACCACAUCAUCAUUGAGUCUUCUAUUAAUCCAGGGCCUUAUGAUGAUCCUGAAAUGUGGAUUAGCGUCGAUGGAAUCGAGUCGGUUCGAGUUUCCAACUUGCAUUGGAGAUUCAGGGGAAAUGAGACUCUGGUAGUGGAUGGAAUUCCAGUACAGAUUUUCUGGGAUGUGCAUGAUUGGCUGUACAACAAUGAUGAUGAAUCUGUAUCAGGUCCGGGGACAUUCAUUUUCAUGCAAGGUAACAUUAACAGAGAUGAAGAAGUAGAUGAGGACUAUAGUGUUGGAAGAAGGAGAAGAAGUAAUCCUAAUUGUGAUGGAGUUGAUUUUGAUUAUCAGGUUAUAACAGCAGAGUUCUGUCAUUUCCUUUAUGCAUGGAAGACCGAAUGAAUGAAAAUGGGACAGUCUUUGACAUUUUCGUAUCUCUCUUUUUUUUUUUUUUCCCCUGUAAAUUGUUACCAUAUUUGUAAAAUAGUAGCAUCAAUUUUCUCAGUUCUUUUAGUAAACUUUCAUUCAUCUGGAAGCCUCUAAUAAAAUUGUGAGACGAUGAUUUAUGCCGCUAUAA